CGGCUGCAUUCUGGGAGUUUGACCCCCGCCAGCGCCAACGCCGCCAACGCCGCCGCCGCCAACGCCAGCCGCCGCCAUGGGCGCCGUGACCGACGACGAAGUCAUACGAAAGCGUCUCCUGAUUGAUGGAGAUGGUGCUGGAGAUGACCGGAGAAUUAAUCUGCUUGUGAAAAGUUUCAUUAAAUGGUGCAAUUCUGGAUCCCAGGAAGAAGGAUAUAGCCAGUAUCAACGUAUGCUAAGUACAUUGUCCCAAUGUGAAUUUUCAAUGGGCAAAACACUGCUGGUAUAUGAUAUGAAUCUCAGGGAAAUGGAAAAUUAUGAAAAAAUUUACAAGGAAAUAGAAUGUAGCAUUGCUGGAGCACAUGAAAAAAUUGCUGAGUGCAAAAAGCAGAUUCUUCAAGCAAAACGAAUACGGAAAAACCGCCAAGAAUAUGAUGCUUUGGCGAAAGUGAUCCAGCAUCACCCAGACAGACAUGAAACACUGAAGGAACUUGAAGCUCUGGGAAAAGAAUUAGAGCAUCUUUCACACAUUAAAGAAAGUGUUGAAGAUAAGCUGGAAUUGAGACGGAAACAAUUUCAUGUUCUUCUUAGUACCAUCCAUGAACUGCAGCAAACACUGGAAAAUGAUGAAAAGCUCUCAGAAGUGGAAGAAGCUCAAGGAACAAGCAUGGAAACAGAUCCUAAACCAUGAUCAUUCACCAUUCCCACAAAUAUUGAAAUAGUAAUAUGAUCUUAGUGUGUUAGAAUUUGUUGUGCUCUUUUGAGAUAGUCUUGGUAGUAAGCUACUUACUUCACUUUUUAAUUAAUGCACAGGUCAUAUUCCUUUACAUGGAGAAAAAUUAGUAUAGACGUAUUGUUAAGGUACUGCCUUUUUUGUUAAAUAUGAAGGUUAGAACAGUAUUCAAAUAUAAUAAAAUACUAUCAAAUCAAAUAUCAUUGUGCUUAUUAGUAUUUAAGGUAGUCUUUAAUGGGUAGCACUAAUUUAUUUACAAAAUAAGUCGAAGACUAAAGGUGGUAUUUUGGGGUAUGCAUGAGAAAA